AUGGAAUCAGAGAAGCCGCACCCACACAUAAAAGUUGGGAGAACAAGACAAUCGGAAGCAACUUACUUACCUGUGGAUUUAGUCUCGGAUAUACUCUUACGUCUGCCUGCCAAAUCUAUUGUGAAGUUUCGCUGCGUUUCCAAGGUCUGGUCUUCGAUCACGACUCUUCCAUCUUUCAUUAGCUCUUUCGCAGCUCGGUCAAGUCCCCGUCUUCUCAUCUUGUCAGAGAAAAACGGCAAGCUGUUUGGUUUCUCCAUACCACAAAACCAGAAUUCUGAUAACAAGCCUCAACUGGUGGAGAGUUAUGCGCUGACGUAUCCAGGAAAUUGUAGCGUGUUUUGGAACGUGUCCGUCCAUGGCAUGAUCUGCUCCAGUGUAUCUCUCAAGCUCGAAGUUUGGAACCCCACCACGAGACGCACCGUAAUCUUACCCCAUCCCAAAAGAGGCUGGAGUAACAUGAGCUGCUUUUUAGGAUUCGACCCAAUCGAUGGUACGUACAAAGUGCUGUCUAUGCCUAGGUAUCCAUGUAGUAAAGGAGACAAUCGACCUCGGGUCCUUACAUUGACUGGAGAUCAUAAGGAGUCAUGGAGAGUCAUCCAAGGGAUCACUGAACAUGUCCCUUACUGUCCUGGACAACACAUUAUUAACGGGGUUAUAUAUUACGUAGCCUCUCUUAAAUCUCAUAGUGAUUAUAUCCUGGUGAGCUUCCAUGUCAGAUCUGAAAAGAUGAGUAUGAUCGAAGUACCAUGGAAUUAUCUUAGUGUUCCUAAGAUUUUCCCCGUACUUUACGAAGGGAAGUUAGCUUGUGUUUCUUCAAAAGAUAAUGAUGUUACAAAAGUUGAUGAUAUUGAAAUAUGGAUUUUGGAGGACGCGGAGAAACACGAGUGGUCGUAUAAAAAAAUUCAUCUACCUUUUUCUCGCUAUGAUCCAAUUUCGCAUGCCUGUUUAGAUAUGAAAGGGGUCAAUGAUGCCGGUGAGUUGAUCUAUGUACCAUUAGACUUGGUGAAUCCGGUUCGGCUUCUAUACUAUGAUCUGAACACAAACGUCUACAGGAGAGUGGUAGUUGAAGGACUUGCGGAUGACCAGUUUAGGCGACGUAAUGGAAUUGGAGACAACAACAUUUUACGUACCUUGGCUGUUUAUCCCAAUCACAUAGAGACUCUAAUGUCGUUGUAA